AUGGCGCAAAAGGACCUUGCUCCCGAAAUUACUAAACAACGCAACUUUCUGACUAGCACGAUGCGUCUCAAGUCAGGCGGUGGCGUGAAAGUGUACAACAUACACGUCGCCAAUCCGACUGGCAGAAUUGACGAACUUGGUCAAGCGAUAGCCGUUUAUGUCGAUGCUACUGACCACGGGUUCUAUGGAUGCCAAGUUAUCGGCUACCAGGACACGCUAUGUGCCCACAAGGGCUUUCAGCUCUAUUCUCGAUGUUACAUCAGCGGCACCGUUGACUUUGCGUUUGGCACGCGGGCGAAAGCGUGGUUUGAGUCUUGCGACCUUGAGUCCAUCGGAAAAGGAUGGAUCACCGCUAAUGGCAACGACGACAGCUCGAACUUGUCCGAGUACGUCUUUAGCCGUGCACGUGUGUUGGGGUCCAGUGGUAAGGGCUCAACGUUCCUUGGUCGUCCAUGGUUUCCAUAUGCUCGUGUAGUGUGUCAGAAUAGCAACCUGAGUGAUGUCGUUAAUCCUGCAGGGUAG